AUGCAGGCCAUGGACCCAACCUCUCGGGGCUUCUACGAGGAAGAUGGCAAGGACCUGGACUUCUACGAUUUCGAGCCGCUCCCCACCCUGCCGGAGGAUGAGGAAAACGUGUCUCUGGCUGACAUCCUCUCCCUGCGGGACAGAGGUCUCAGUGAGCAGGAGGCCUGGGCUGUAUGCCUAGAAUGCAGCCUGUCCAUGCGGAGUGUCGCCCACGCAGCCAUCUUCCAGACCCUGUGCAUCACACCUGACACCCUGGCAUUCAACACCAGUGGAAACGUGUGCUUCAUGGAGCAGCUCAGUGAUGACCCCGAGGGUGCCUUUGUACCCCCAGAGUUUGACCUGACAGGAAACACUUUUGAGGCUCACAUCUACUCCCUGGGGGCCACACUGAAGGCUGCCCUGGAGUACGUGGCAGAACCAGAGCUGGAACCCAGGCUGAGCCCAGACCUGGAGGGACUGCUGAGCCAGAUGCAGGCAGAGGACCCCAGGGACCGGCCAGACCUGGAGAGCAUCAUAGCCCUGUGCGAGGAGAAGAUGCAGCCUGCAUCCUCAUGCCGCCUGUGCCGUAGUCUCUCAGCCAUCGGAAGAAGGGUGCUCUCCAUUGAGUCCUUCGGAGCAUUCCAGGACCUCAGCGAGAACACAUGGAGAGGAAAACCUGCUCCAAGAAAUGUGGGACCCAAGAAGGUGCCAGGAGACCUCAGCACUGAUCCAGAGGCACUGUCUUCACCAAGGGGCCUACUCCAGCCUCCUGCCUCCAAAGACGCAGAGCAGGAGGCUGGUCAUGGUCCCAGAGCCCCCUCUCCCAAACCACUGCUAUCAGCCCCCAUGAGAAAUGGUGAGAGGCCAGGACAGGAAGGGCUGGCCAACCUUGUCCUGGAUGCCAGGUGCCCCCUGGGCGAGCUGGACAGAGACAUCCUCAGGCGAAGCCGGCUGAAAAAAGCUCAGACAUUUCCCAGGCUACUUCAGGAAAGCACCGAGGCCAGCACCCUCUGCCUGUCACUGACCAGCUCAAGAAACCAGCUGACCAUAUCGGAGUUCUUCCCCCCAGACCCCAGGAAGCUCUUCCUGGAGGGGAAAAAUGGCCUUUCUGGCUUCAAGGCACAGUCCAAAAGCAGACUUUGGCCAGAGCAGGAGCCUGGAGUCCAGCUGGGUAAGGCACCAGGUGCAGGCCGCAGUCCGCACAGGAGUCCAGGAGCCUCAGGACCAUGGGAGGCUUCAUCUCCUAGCCAGGGACCUGUAGAGUACACACCUUUGCCCUGCCCUGUAGACCCUGGAGAUUCAGACCAGGAAGGCCAAAUAUCUCGGAGUGAAGAGGGGAUUCCAGGAGGAUCUGGACAGCUGGAAAGUGCAGCCAAAGCACAGAGCCUCUCCCUGCAGGACCUUCUGUCUAAACUAGGCCGGCCCUUCAGGGAGUACGAGCUGUGGGCCCUGUGCCUCUCCUGCCUUAGCACUCUGCAGACACAUACGGAGCACCCAGCCCGCCUGUGCCUGGACAACGUGCUGGUGGCUGAGGACGGGACUGUGUUCUUCGGGCCACCCCCUGCCAAUGGCUCCUACAACUCACUCUUCCUGGCUCCCGAGGUGUCUGAAGAGAAAUUGGUGACAGAGAAGGCCUCUGUAUACUGUGUGGCUGCAGUUCUGUGGACAGCAGCCAAGUUCAGUGUACCCCGAGACCAUAAACUGGCCCUGCCACGCAGGCUCAAGACACUCCUUCUGGAUAUGGCCAGACGCCAUGCCUCGGAACGGCCAUCUGCAGCCGAGGCCAUCAAGGUGUGCAGCAGCUACCUCCUUCAGCGAGGCAUGGACAGCAGCAAGAUUCUAGCCCACCUGUGGGCAUCCACCUGCAAGGUUCACCCAGAGGAAGAGACCAUCAGUCUCCAAAAUGCCUUCUCAGUGGUUGAACUGAAACCUCCCAUGGAGCCUGCUCCUGAGAGUAGUCCAGGCUUCCUACAGGUCAGCAGUGAUACCAAGCUUGUCGCUGUCCCAGGGCCUGUGCCUAGUCUACCCCCCUGCUGCAAAGAAGCCCGUGAGCUGCCAGCAGCCUUCACCUCUGAGGCCACUCACUUUAAGCCCAUAGUCCUGGCUCAGGACACGGGUGUCGCCAGAGACCAGUUUGCCUUGUCCUCAGAGCCAAAUGAGAAGCCCAAAGUUGGAAAUGGUCAGCUGGACAGUGAGGGGACAAGAAAGCAGGCAUCCCAGGAACAUGAUGAGGACACUGACCUGAAAACGACUGACCAGCUGCCACCUGGUCUGGAGCUGCAGGGAGCAACUCCAGACCCCGCUGGUGACUCAGUGCCCCACAGAUCAGCCAAGGAGUGCUCCUGCCCACAUGGCCCUUCUUUGGCCACCCAGCAAAAAGGAACAUCAGGGACACCCAGCUCUCCUGCCUCUUCCCUGCCCCCUGAGCACAGGCCAGAUGGUCAGGGUCCACUAGGAGCCACUCUGCCCUCAGGGUCCACCUCAGCCAGCCAAGGCCCUCAACACCCUUGUAAACCACCCAGAGGCAAGGCUGCCGUCAGUUCCGGCAGCCCUAGGGGCCCAGAUGGUCAUCCUGAGAAGCCUCGGCCAGCAGACCGCAAGCUCUGUCCAUCCAGUGGGGAUACCUCAUCACCCCCUAAGAUGACAGCCAGCCCCUCACUGCAGGAAGCCAUGCGGCUCAUCCAGGAGGAGUUUGCCUUUGAUGGCUACCUGGACAACGGGCUAGAGGCCCUGAUCAUGGGGGAGUAUAUUUAUGCCUUGAAAGACCUCACCUUUGCCACCUUCUGUGGCGCCAUAUCUGAGAAGUUCUGUGACCUGUACUGGGAUGAGCAGUUGCUGCAGAACCUCUUCAAGGUGGUCAAUGGGCCAGCCUCACCCUCUGAAAGCACUUCUGAGGAGCCUGGAUCCCAGCCAGAACAUUCCCCCAGCAGAUGCUCAGUGUCAAGCAAAAGGCCCUCACUGCAUGGACUUGGCAAGGCGAAAGUGGGCAGUGGGGGGCCCUGCUCACCCACAGCACUAUCGGAUAUAGACUCCGACACGCUCUCUCAGGGAAACUUUGAAGUUGGAUUUCGGUCUCAGAAGUCAAUAAAAGCCACACGAGAGCAACAACCAGAGGCUAAAGUGGAUGGGCAGCCAGGCCCAAGCCAGGAGCCAACCAGCAAUGCCUCCGACAUGGUGGCCCGGCUGGCCAAGUCUGAGGACGGUGGUCCAGCUGUGUCCCCAGGGGCAGCCGAUUUCCAGAACUGCAGCCCUGGCUGGUCCAGUGCCUUCUAUGAAGCUGACUGCUUUGGAGCCGAUGUCUACAACUAUGUGAAGGAUCUGGAGAGGCAGAAGGCCAAUGGGCACACAGAACUGGAAGCCCAGAGUCCAGAGCUGGAGCAGCAGCUCAUGAUAGAGAAAAGAAACUACAGGAAGACCCUAAAGUUUUACCAGAAACUCUUACAGAAGGAAAAACGGAAUAAAGGCUCUGAGGUAAGGACCAUGUUGUCCAAACUUCGAGGACAGCUGGAAGAAAUGAAGUCCAAGGUGCAGUUCCUGGGCCUGGUCAAGAAGUACCUCCAGGUCAUGUAUGCAGAGCGCUGGGGGCUGGAGCCCUGUGCUCUGCCAGUGAUUGUGAACAUAGCGGCGGCCCCCUGUGACACGCUGGAUUUCAGCCCCCUGGACGAGUCUUCUUCUCUCAUCUUCUACAACGUCAACAAGCACCCAUGCAGCGGACGGCAGAAGAAGGCCCGCAUCCUGCAGGCUGGCACACCACUGGGACUCAUGGCCUACCUCUACUCCAGUGAUGCCUUCCUUGAGGGCUACGUCCAGCAGUUUCUCUACACUUUUCGGUACUUCUGCACACCGCACGACUUCCUGCACUUCCUCCUCGACCGCAUCAGCAGCACCCUAUCCAGGGCUCACCAGGAUCCUACCUCGACCUUCACCAAGAUCUACAGGCGGAGCCUCUGUGUCCUACAGGCCUGGGUGGAAGACUGCUACACCGUGGACUUCAUAAGGAAUGCAGGACUCCUGGAACAGCUUGAGGACUUCAUCUCUUCCAAGAUCCUGCCCCUAGAUGGCACUGCCAAGCACCUGCUGGGCCUCCUGGAGGUGGGCACUGAGCGGCGGGCUGACAGCACCUCUCGAGGUGCAGACCUAGAGGAUCCUAAGGAGGCAGAGGAGGACAGCAGACCCUUUAAUGCCCUCUGCAAGAGGUUCUCGGAGGAUGGCAUCUCCCGGAAGAGCUUCUCCUGGAGGCUUCCCCGGGCCAACGGGCUAGCGCUGCCACACCAUAAGGAACGCCAGUACACCAUUGCAUCGGCCCUGCCUAAGCCCUGCUUCUUCGAAGACUUCUAUGGCCCCUAUGCCAAAGCCAGUGAGAAGGGCCCUUACUUCUUGACGGAGUACAGCACCAACCAGCUCUUCACUCAGCUGACACUCCUGCAGCAGGAAUUAUUUCAAAAGUGCCACCCUGUCCACUUCCUAAAUUCACGGGCCCUGGGUGUCAUGGACAAAAGUGCAGCCAUUCCCAAAGCCAGCUCUUCUGAGUCUCUCUCUGCCAAAACCUGCAGUCUGUUCCUCCCCAAUUAUGUCCAGGACAAGUAUCUGCUACAGCUUUUAAGAAAUGCAGACGAUGUCAGCACCUGGGUGGCUGCUGAAAUUGUGACCAGUCAUACCUCCAAGCUGCAAGUGAACUUGCUGUCCAAAUUCCUGCUGAUUGCAAAAUCUUGCUAUGAACAGAGGAACUUUGCAACAGCCAUGCAGAUCCUGGGAGGUUUGGAGCACCUGGCUGUAAGGCAGUCCCCUGCCUGGAAAAUCCUGCCUGCGAAGAUUGCUGAGGUCAUGGAAGAGCUGAAAGCCGUGGAGGUAUUCCUGAAGAGCGACAGCCUGUGUCUGAUGGAAGGGCGGCGCUUCCGGGCCCAGCCUACCCUGCCCUCUGCCCAUCUGCUGGCCAUGCACAUCCAGCAGCUAGAGACAGGGGGCUUCACCAUGACGAAUGGAGCCCACAGGUGGAGCAAGCUGAGAAACAUCGCCAAGGUGGCAAGCCAGGUGCACGCAUUCCAGGAGAACCCCUACACAUUCAGCCCUGACCCCAAGCUACAGGCGCACCUCAAGCAAAGAAUUGCCCGUUUUAGCGGGGCGGAUGUGUCCAUCUUAGCAGCAGAUAACAGGGCCAACUUCCACCAGAUCCCAGGCGAAAAGCACUCCCGGAAGAUCCAAGACAAACUGAGGAGAAUGAAAGCCACAUUCCAGUAGCCAAGGCCUCCAUCUGGGUGUAGACUCCUCCGAGUGGGACCAGACCAGGGAAGAUGGGUCAGGUGGAAGGAACCCCCAGGGCUGUUUAUAGAGGCUCA